AUGGGCAGUGGAAUAUUCGAUAUUGAAAGCAUAUUAGGAAAUGACAAGAGUGUUAAACAACUAGAAGGAUCAAGAGAUUCUGAGCUAACGAAAAGUUCAAUAUCUAAUCUUAAUUGGAAAAGCAAUGAUAAACCACCGUACUCAUACAAUGCAAUGAUCACAAUGGCCUUAUUAUCAUCGGAAGCAAAAAUGAUGACAUUAGCAGAGAUUUAUGGAUAUAUCAUGAAUAACUUUCCAUACUAUAGAAAUAAUAAAAAGGGCUGGCAAAACUCUAUUCGACAUAAUUUGUCGCUCAAUAAAGUAUUCUUGAAAGUUCCACGUACACAUAAUAACCCAGGCAAAGGCAACUAUUGGAUGUUGGAUCAAAAUAGUGAGAAAGAGCUAUACAUUGGUGGAUCAACAGGAAAGUUACGUAGACGUGUGCCAUGUACAUCAAUUCAAUCAUUUAAUCUAACUGACUCAAACAAUCUGCCAUUACUUCAUGAUGUAACUCCAAAAUUACUACAACAAUCUCAUAUAUUAUGUCAUCCUAAUGCUCUAUAUCAUCAUCAACAGACUCAUCAUUAUUGUCCAUCGUUUGAGAAUAUGCAAAAUCUACUUGGUCUCAGCAGUUUAUUGUUUAAUAAUAUUUUUCAGAGCAAUAUUCAACAGAUAUAA